AUGUCGGUCAUCGAGGCGAAGCUUAUCGAUGUCAAAACAAAGCUGGAGAGCGACAAAGUUUCCAUUCGCAAGGAUGGUGUCAAGCUGCUCUUCACGAUCAUGGACAGCCAACAGGCCCUUCAGAUGUUGGACUCCGAAACCGCGAGAAUGUGGCCGGACGAGCAGUGCAAAAAGAUCACCACGUGGCCGCGACUGCUGCGAGUCUUCAUCGACUUUGUGGAACGAGAGCUGCUCAUGGGCGGCGGUCCUGGCGGCGGCGGCGGCGGUGCUGGAUCUGGAUCCAGAACCAGCAGAUCCAAGGGCACCUCCGCGGCUGGAUCUCGCGGUGUCCGCUCUUCGUCGUCGUCGUCUCUCUGCGCCGCCACCAAGGUCAGUGAGGCGGGUCACCAACUGAGGCGGCUGGUGGCGCUGGCGGAUGACGUACAGCGCUCGGGCCGGCGCGGCAACCUGCAGCUUUGGGUGUGGCGACUAUGGCACCACGUGGCCAAGAUGAUUGAGGAGCUCGGUCUUCUGCAGUCUCGACUAGCCCCCGACUACAUCUCCAUCCUCACCCGCCACCUGCUGCCCAACACCGAAUACACGAGGGCGCCUCUGGAGCCCUUCCGUGCGCAUUCUCUGCUGUCAUGUUUCUGUACGGCGCUGGAGGGGCUGGUGACGUCACAAGGCCAGUCCGAGUCAGCUUCGGCGGCCGUUACCGGCCAGGCUCAGGCGGCCCUGGAGAAGUCCGCUCGCUGGUUGGCCAAGAUCAGGGAUACGGGGCGGCUCGCGCUGUCCUGGUUUAACUGCGCCGUACAGCUGCUGCUGGCGGGUGGCCUGGAUGGACUGGCGACCAUCCGGGUUUGCUGGGGUGUGUGGCGGAAGCCGGUGUUGGAGGAGAUCAUGACACGCUACGGCCUGCUACAGCUGCAACUCGGCGGAUUGGUUUCGGAAUCGGAGGGGGCGAGCAAUGGCGGCGAUGUCGAGGCGCUGGUGGAGCUGUACGACAUGACCCUGUACGACGUGUCGUACGAGGUUGCGAAAUGGGAUUUAAACCCGUGCGAUGGAGACAUAGGGCCCUUGGCCCUGCUACAGCUGCAGCUGCUGGCGGGGCUGUUCUUCGCCAUGCAGCAAGUCUAUGCCUGCCUGCGUGUUCUGCUACCCUUCGCCGCCGGUGGGCACGGUACGGACGGUGGCGGAGGAGCAGCCGCCGCCGCCGCCGCCGCCGCUUCGCUGUUGCGUCCGCAUGAUUUAGCGGUUAAGCAACUUGGUGCGGUUUGGUGCCUGCGAUGUCUGGAGGUAUUGGCGCAGCAAAACGUGUAUGCGACCAGUAUGGUGACCCAUGGGUCACGUUUCUUUGGCUGCGGCUUUACGGUGCCGGCGGCGCCGGCGGCGGGCGGCAGCAGUGGCGGCUGGUCGGCGUCGGCGUCGUCCUCGGCGGCGUCGCCAUCGGCUUCUCCGCCACCGGGGACGGCGGAGCCGACGGCGGCAAAAAGUCGAGACGCCGUGGCGGCGGCGGCGGCAGCGGCGGCGGCGUGGCAACAGGUCGUCGGGUUUCUGACGGCGCGGGUGGCGGGCCGGAACUUGCUCGUACCGCAAACUCCAGGUCUGCCAAACGCGCUGCAGGCGGAGGCAUUAUGGGCGCUGGCGGCGGCGCUUCAGCUUCAGAAAACUAGCGCCGUGUCGUACGUCGUACAGGCGCCGCCGGGGCUGUUGCGGACCGUAGUGGACGUGAUGCAAGGCAGCCUGCAGGCCGAUGAUGCAGCUGUCGACGCUACAACCGCUAGCGACGGCGGUUGUACGGGAACGGUGGCGGCGGCGGCGGCCGACGCCGACAGCCCGGCCGCCAGGUCGUACAUCUGGCAGGCGGCUGCCGCCACCAUCGUCGCAGCGCUGAACGCUGCACCUGCAGCCGAUGCGGCCGCCGCGGCCGCCUGCCAGGCGGCCGCCGCCAGCUGCAUGACUGCCGUACUCCGCCUUGCGAUCACACCGCCUAACGAGCUUCUGCAUGCACUGCUCGCCGCCACCUCAGGGGCGUCGUACAUGGCGGCGCCACAGAAGCGGAGCUCCGGGGCCCCGCCGCCGCCGCCGCUCCCGCCUCUGCCGCUGGACUUGGCGCCAGAUCAGUACACUCAUCCGUACACUCGCCUGCCUCGGUGGUGUCCAACCGACUCCGAGACCAUCGCCUUUUGCUGCAACGUCCUUGCCGUACAGCGCCGUGCUACGGAGGUGAUGGCGUGGCAGGAGGCCCGAGAGCGCGCCUUUCGUCACUACCAGACCCAUGGGUCGCCGUACGGCAGCACCGCCAGUGCACCAACGAAGACGACGGCGGCAGUUAGCACUGAGGCUGUAGCCGCCGGCAGGCGGCUCCUGAGCCGCAUCGCAGCGGCGGCGCUCAGUCGUACACGAAAUGUCGUACUGGACAUGACGGAAUCUGGAGGGGGAGAGGAGGUGGAGGUAGCGCGGCUGCUGGGGUGUGCUCAGCUACUGCUAUCAGCGAUUAUGCAUGGGCUAGCGCUACAGCCGUGUGACGAAGGCGGCAGCAGCGCUGCCGCUGCACCUGGUGCUCCACAGCCGCCGCCGUCACCGCCACCGCCGUCGUCGAUACCGCCGUCGACUCAACAACAACAGCAACACCAGCAGCUGAUGGCGGCUCAGACUGUGGCGCCAGCUCAGGCCUGGGACGUACUUUGCAAGGCAGUAGCUGCGGCGGUUCGGCCGGUCCUGGGGGAAAGCAGCGGAGGCGGCAGUAGCAGCGGCGCCGGAUUCGGCGGCGCGGCUGCAGUGGCGGCAACGCAGCGUACGGCUGGCAACGGCGGCGGCGCCAGCAGGGCGGGGCGGGGCGGGGCGGGGCGGGGCGGCAUUGCUUAUUGCGCUUCGUCCCGAAGCCCCGUGUUCCGUCUUGGCAAUGGGAAUUUCCCCAGCCACCUACGUUUCAUACCUUACCCCUCCCCUGUCGUCGGCAUUGUCUGGCGGCAGGCGCUGUACGACGUACUCGUACGGCAUGCUUCCCCGGGAGCCUUAACGGCGGCGGCGGUACCGCAGCCAGCUCACCCCAUCGAUUCCCAGCGGGCGUCCCAGCAGACACAGCCCUCGACGGCGAUGCUGGCGGCGGCGGUGGCGGCCGUCGAUGCCGUACUGCAACGGCAAGUGGGUGUGCUACGCCGGGUGGCGGAUCCCGCGGCGACGUCGGCAGCGGUUGCUAUUGGUGGCGGCGGCGGCAGUGGUGGUGGCUACGGGUGGCAGACUGGCGGAGGUCACGGAGCGGAGGACGAUGAUGAUGACGAUUUUGGUGGCGUAACGAGGCGGCCAGUGCUGCGCAGCCGUUUGGGCGGCGGCGCAGUCGCCGCGGCAGGUACGGCAGGUACAGCAGGAGGUGGCGGCGGCGGUGCUGGUGCUGGCGGCGGCGCGGCGCAGGUUGUCGGUGUAGCGGCCGCCACGCAGAUGCUGACCGGGCCCGGUACGGCAGCUGCCGUGAUGGCGGCCAGCGGCACCACCGCAACGCCGUACGAGCAAGCGCUGAUGGCAGCGUUGCGUGCCGUCGAGCUUCUGGAGGCCUUUGCUCCUCUGUACGGCAGCGGGGUGUCCCAGGUGGUUGCACGAACCGUUGGCGUGCUAAUGGAGCGCCGUCAGCAGCCGCCGCCGCCGCCGCAGCAGCAGCAGUAUCAGACGCCGCAAGGCCGGCGGCAGCAGCGAAUCGGCCGCCGUACUGGCGGCACAGACGACGACGACGGCGACGACGAGUACAUGGAAGUAGACGAUGAUGAAAUCGAGGAGCCGGACGACGUCAGCGACGGCGGCGACGACGCCGUCGCCAGCGGCGGCAGUGCGUACGGCGCUCCCAGCACCCGCCGUGCUGUUGCCACGCAGCGCCGGCCGCCGCCGCCGCCGCCGCCACCGGAGGAGCUCAUGGCGGCGCUGGCGCGCGUUGCCGUAUCGGCCGCCAUCGCCCUUGCCACUGAUGCAGCCGCUGCCGCUGCCGUCGCCGCUAGCGACGCUGGCGACGGCGAUAGCGGCGGCCGCACUGGCAUUGCGUCCUCUGACAGCGCAAUAAGAAGUGCGGCAAACAGUACUGCAGGCGGCGGCGACGGCGGCUCCGCCGCCGCCACUGCUGCCGCCAGGACUGCCCUGGCAGUAGCACUUACCGCGCUGGGCCCAGAGCAGGGGCUCUUGUCGCUCCGCUUCAUAAAGUACGACGAGCCGCGUGCUACAGCCGCUGGCACUCUGUCGUACAAAGUUAUCGGCAAACAGGUCACUGAGUACCAAAUGGUGGUUGCGGCGGUUGAAUUACGGCGGUUGGCGAGGUGUUUGGGUACGACAGCGGCGGCCCUCAUGGCUGGAAAAUCCGGCAACGCCCGCAGCGCCGACGGCGCCGCCAACGCCGCUGGCUUGGACGAGCUGCUGGCGGUCGGCGGCGUUCAGGUGCUUCGAGAUGCCGUACAAGCAAUGGACGAGGCAUUUAACACGAACGACUUUGUGCCGUACAGCUGGCAGCUCCGCGCCGCUGUGGCGGCACUCACAGUGGAGCUGCUGCCGUUAAACACGCCGCGAUUCUCACCAGGCAUGGCCCAGUACGACAUGCCGGAUCUGGUCGGAAGCCUGCGGUUGUUGCCGUCGUGGCAAGAGCCGUCGUACAGGGCUCGCCGUGCAGGUGCCGUACUGACGCGUAUCCUGUUUAGGCGCUUCACAGCGCACGACAGGUUGCUCGAGGAGCUCGACUUGCCACCGCUGGCGGGCGAUGCUGCGGAGCGUACGGCAGCGGCGGCGACUGCGGCGGCCGCCGCUGUGCCGCCGCCGUCAUCCCGCAGCCUGACUGAGACAGCGAUGUUGGCGUACGGGGAAAUCAUCCAGUUGAGCUCCAAGUUGGAGGUGGUGGUGGUACGGCGGCUACUGGCCCAUGGGUCCCUGUGUCGGAGGGACCAGGCGCUGGUGGCGGGCUGUUUGCGGCUGGCGGCUGCGAGGCUGGGGUACGGCACUGCCGCGGACUACCUGGCGACGAUUAUGCGAGGCAGUGUGUUGCUUCCUCUGGUGAUUGGCGACUUGCAGCAACCCGCUCAGUUGGUGGCCUCGUUGCUCGGCGUCAAGCUCCCCGCGCUGCUGUCCGAGCAUGUGCCGUACAUAUUUGGCACGUUGCUGCUGCUUCAAGCCGCGGGUCAAGGUCGGUGGCUUGACGAGGUGGUUCGGAACUCCUUAGUGAGCGGCAACCUGGACGUGGAGGCUGACGUGGACCGGCAACUCAGCAACCGGACGUACCUCUUCCUCGCCAACAUGCUCCUGGACGUGGUGCCUGAUGAGGAGGUGGCAGCAGCAGCAGCAGCAGCGGGACAUGAAGGGGAGCUGGGGGGGGGAGGGGUACCCGGGCUGCCAGUGCUGCCGACGUUCAGCGCGGAGACCUGUUGUAAGGCCGUACUGGAUAUCCCCGGGCUCCCCACACUGGAGAGCAACGAGGAGUUCUUGUGGACGUCGCUACUGCCGCCGUACAGCGUGGCCUGGGCGGCGGCGGCGCUGCAUGAAUCCAUGUCGGGCGGCGGUAGCCAUGGCGGCAGUGGCGGCGGAGAGUGCCGUACUACCAGUACGGCAGCGGCACCGCGGCACCGAGCCUGGCGGAUCGCGGGCCUGGGUGCCCUGCUGCGGCUGCUGGGUCCUAGGGCGGCCGAGCCAGCGACUGGCAGGUACUUGGCCCACAUCCUCAUGCAGCAGCUCUCAGAGCCCACCCUGCAGCUGCACUCCUGCGACCUGCUGCACCGCCUGCUGGGAACCAUGGGCCUGCGGGAGCUGACGGCACCAACGUCGCCAGCGACCCACGGGUCAUUGGCGCCGGCGCCGGCGACAGCGACGACGGUCAAUGAAGCCGAUCGCCAGGCGGUUCUUAGUGAGCUGCUGCCGCCGCUGGUUUCGGCGCUGGCGGAGGCGCUGGAGGCGGCGGAGGCGUUUGCCGACGCGACGGAGUACAGUCCAAUGACGGGGUUGGACGAGCGUACGGCAGUGGUACGGGCGGGGAGGCCGGCGCUGGUGGGGCUGCUGCUUCGGGUGACCCUUGGGUUGCCGCCGGAGGUGGCGGCGGGUUUGGCGCUUUGUCGGUUGCUUCCGGAGCUUCCGGAGCUUCGCGAUGCUGUCGAGUUGCAGCAGCGGCUCCGAGCUCGAGUGGCUCUCCCCGAGCAGCUCGCACACCUGGCCUCUGUGCUGCGACGGGGAGGGAGGGGCAGCUUCGGUGGCGGAGGCGGAGGCGGCGGCCUAGGCGCCAGCGCGCGGGCGAGGCUUGUGACGGCGGUUCGCAAGGAUGUCGAGGCCAGGUGGUCCGAGCUGUUGCCGGUGUCGGAUGCCGCCGGCCCGACCACCGGAAGCGGUGACGGGGACCUGACCGCCGCCGCCGCCGCCAGUGCCUGGGAGCUGGCGGCGGCGGCGGCGGAGCUUGACGAUACGGCACUAAGCGAGCUGGCGGGGAGGCUGCUGGCGGCGGCGGGGCUCCGAGACCCUCGCGCGCCGCCGCCGCCACGGGGACUGACGGCGGAAGGAUCCGAAAUACGAUCAGGGGGAGGCAACAGCAGAGGCCACUUCGCGAGCUCAGGCCCGCCGGGAACGGGACCCAUGUCACCGGCAGCGGGCACCGCAGCAGUCACCGGUGGUACGGCAGCGGGCCGGGCUAGUCGCCGUACAGCUGGAGCAGCAGCAGCGCCAGCAUCGGCGGCCACCGCCGCCACUGCCGGCGCCAACGGCGGUGGCCGUCGAGCCUUGCGGCGAAGUAGCGCCGCCGCAGCGGGAGACGCCGGCGGAGCCGCCACCGCCACCGCCACCAGUUCAACAGAACCCGGCGGCGGCGGCGGCGACGGCGGCGGCGACGGGGGGAACGGUGACAGUUGGUUGGUUUCAGUGCUGAGGCUCAUGGCGGAGCGGUACCUGGUGUCUGAUGACCCCAUGCUCAUUGUGGAGUGCCAGUCCACGGCUCUCCAGCUGCUCGCUCUGCCGGCGGGGAGAGACGCUCUGAACGGCAUGGGAACUGACAGUCACACACACCGGCAUCUGCGAAUCUAUUUGUCCUCAUCAUCAUCAUCAGCAUCAGCGUUACAGAGACAGCAGCAGCAGCAGGAGAAGGGCGUAGGCACCGCCGCAGGUGCCGGCGGUAACGCCGACGACAAGUCCGGGGCCGCUGGCGGCGGCGGCGGCGGCGGCGGCAGUGGCGGCAACAAUGGCGGUGACUCUGUCAACCUGGAUGAGCUUCUCUCUUUCAAGUCUGGUGUGGUUUCGGAGCGGCUGUGGCGGGUUCCGGCUGCUGCCGCCGGCGGUGCGGACGCCUGGCUCCGCCGCCUGACACCCUCGCUUCUGGAGCUGGUCACGGACCCGGCGCUAAAACUCAUGCGCGGCUUGGCCCGGCUCCAAUCCGAGAUUGUACUGCGCUCCCUGGAGCAUCUGCGGCGGCUGCACCGACGUGUGGUUUCGGAGCGAAAGCCCCCCGGGCAGGUCCACAGCACCCGGGGGGGGUCUGCGGCUGCAGUUGGUGGUGGCGGUGGCCGCGGGGAAUUGGACUCGGCGGUUGACGGUUGGGAGUUUGUGUACGGCCUGGAGAUUGACUACCUGGUCGUUGCGCGGCCCGCCACCGCUCUGCUGUACGUCACCCACUGGUCGGAGAAGGCGGCGGCGGCGGUACGGCUGGCGCACAGAGUGCAUGCUGACAGGGAGCAGGCGGAGGAGAGGGCGGCGGCGGGGCAAGGCAAAGGAGGAGGCGGCGGGCGGCAGGGCGGUUCGAAGCAUCGUGGCGGCGGCGGCGGCGGCGACGCGCUAUCGGUCGUACUGGAUGCAUACGGCGCCAUUGACGAUCCAGAUGCGCUGUACGCGCUUCCGUCGACGUACAUGCUCAUCGGUAAUGGCGGCGGCGGCGGCGAUGUUGGCGGCGGCGGUGGCGGCGGCGGCGGCGGCGGCGGCAACGGCGGCGGGCAUCCCCAGGGACACCUUUUGUCCAUGCAUCUCUUCGAGCUGGAGGGUAUGUGGCCCCAAGCCUUGGCGGGCCGCGACCUGCAGCUGCGGCCGUCAACGAUGGCUGUAGCAGGACCGCUGUACGGCACCGCUGGCAGCGGAUGUGGUGCGGCGUCAUCUGUUACAGCCGCAGGUGCUGCUGCUGGCAUCGUGUCGGCGCUCCGAAACCUUGGCGGCGACGUCACAGCGCAGUACUUCCUGGCUGGCCUGGCGGCCACCGGCGUUGGCGGCGGCGGCCUUCCAGACGGCAGCAGCGCCGGUGGCGGCGGCUGUGCCGCCGCCGCCGCCGCAACACCACUGCCAGAGCUGCAGUACGAGCUGAGUUGGCGGCUUGCCGUCUGGGCCCCUCAAACGCAACAGGAAGCGCGGCCGCCGUCGCUGCCGCCACCGCCGACGGCGGCGGCGGCAGUUGGCCUAACCGCCAUGCGAAGCGCUGGCGGCGGCGGCGGCGGUACCGCCAUCCCCAGCGGUAGCGGCGGCGGCUUCCACGAGGCAGUUUACCGUACACUGGCCGCCCUGGUCGCCGAAGACCGGGUGCAGGCGGACGCAUUGCUUUCCGCCGCGUCGCAUGCUGCCGUGUGUCGGCUGGCGGCGAAAAUGGGCCCCGCCGGCAAUGGCGGCGGCGGCGGCGAAACGUACGGAAGCUAUGGCGGCGGCACCGUCAGCUGCCUCGUCGAACUGCGGAUGCUGUCGGCACUCAGAGUUGCGAGUCAGCUGGUGGGGGCAGCGGCGCCGCCGGUGGCGGCGGUGGCGGCGGCCGCGGGCACGAUACUGUUGCCUGGCGGCGGCACUGGUGGCGGCGGCGGCGGUGAUCUGGAGCAGGCGGCGGCGCUGGAGCCGUUGCUGGCGUUACGUUGCGCCGCGUUGGCAGCGGCGGGUCUGCGACGGGAGCAGGCGGCGGCGCUGGCGGCGGCGGUGGCGGCGGCGCGGCGGCGCGGCGCAACGGCGGCGGGGCUUGCUGCGGUACAGCCGGCAACAGACCCGUGGGUCGGUGACAUGCGUUACGGAGUCGCGGCAUCCUGGCGCCUGGACGAGGCGCGGCUCGUACGGCAUCGCGGCCAAACGACACUGGCGGCUCAUAUGGCACUCGCGUUGGUUUCGGAGCUGGAGCAACAGCAGUCGGCGGCUAUAGCAGCGGCGGGCAAGUACGGCAGUAGCGGCGGCGGUAGUGGCGGCAUGUUGCAACUAGCGACGACGUUGUCUCUGGCGGGCGCUUGGUGUGCGGAGGCGCAGGUCGAAUGCGGGGCGUACGGCGGCGUGAUGGGUUUGAUGGGACGAGCAGCAGAUAUUGCCGUACAGGCGCUAGAAGGACGGCAAGAUGGGGGCAGCGGCGGGUCGGAUAUGGUGGGGACAGCGGCGGCGGCGGCGGCGGCGGCUGCUUCCUGGGAGAGCCAGGCUGCGUGCAAGGUCCUGUAUCGCCUUGCGUCGUACACGGACCAGCGGUAUCGUGAGCUGGUUGCCGUACUUGAGAGCCCCGAGCACGUGAAACGGAUGGGUGUUGUGGCGGCCAAGCGGCGGGAGGCUGAGGGCAUCAGAGCCAAGAAGGAUGCCGCUGCGGGGCAGAUGAAGGCAUAUCUGGAGGGGCAGCUGCGGCGGGUGCUGGCUCCCGUACUGGCUGACGAGGAGGCUGAUGCCGCGCUGCGCUCCGCGCUGUUGGCGUUACGGAGUACGGCAAUUGCCAACUAUGGGAGGUGCUUGUGUGCGGGCGAUCGCCAUGACCUGGCAGCCGUGUACCGCCUUUGCCAAAUGUGGCUACAGCCGGCGGACGGAGAAGACGUCAGCACCGCCUUUGCGCAGGCAACAGCGGCCGUACCGUCGUACAAGUGGCUUCCGCUGGUUUACCAGAUGGCUUCACGGCUGUCGGCAGCACCGCCGGCUGAGACAUUUCAGAGGGCAAGUGGCAGUAGCUGCACUAGCAGUAGCUGCACUAGCAGUAGCUGCACUAGCAGUAGCUGCACUAGCAGUAGCUGCACUAGCAGUAGCUGCACUAGCAGUAGCUGCACUAGCAGUAGCUGCACUAGCAGCGGGAUGGUAUUUACUUUUCACAUAUCAGCAGUGGUCUGUAAAAGGGUGUUGCAGUCUCUUCUUCUCCGUCUUGCAUGCGAGCACCCCUUCCACGUCAUCUACAAGUUAUUCGCGUUGCGGAAUGGCAACCUGGACAAGAUGGGUCGACUGCAGGCCGCAGCCGACGCGGCUGGGUUCGUGCAGGUGGUGGAUGUGAGCAAGAUCAAGGCCGCCGAGUCGCUCCUUCAGCAGUUGGUGGCGCGGGGGGGCCGGGUGGCGGUCAUUGUGAAGCAGGCAGAGAAGUUGAUCCGUAUGUAUAUCGAUUUGGCCGCUCAACCUGCGCCCCAGGAGGAUAACCCACCCCCCCAGACCUUCCCCGCUAACCUCAAAAGACAGGACGCGGUUAUGCAGCAGACCUUCGCACUGAUCAACGGGCUGCUGGCCAGGGACUCCGCCGCCUCCCGCCGGGGGCUGAGGAUUGCCACAUACCGAGUGGUGCCGUUCUCACCCACGGCAGGUUUACUGCAGUGGGUGGAGGACACGCAGCCCCUCAACCUCUACCUCCUGGGCAAGAACUACGCGUCCGGAGCUCACGCAAGAUACCAACCACCCGGGGAGUGGACGUGGAUACAGUGCUACAAUCACAUGAAAUCGACCACGGAGGCUGUUCGAAAGGGCAGUACGGAUGCCGGGGCGGAGCUGCUGCGGGGUCGCUUCCUGGUGACUCCGGAGCUGGUGCCGUUCCGGCUGACCCGGGACUUGGUGGAUGGCAUGGGGGUCAACGGUGUGGAGGGCCCCUUCCGGCGGGGAUGUGAAGAGACAUUGCGAGCUACGGCGCUGCUUGGUAACGCCGAUGCGGCGCGUGCCGUACUUAGAGUGAAGCAAAAGCUCGAGGGUCGCAUGGACGCUGGUGGCCUCAGCCGUACAGCCGCCACUACCAACACUGGAGCGGCGACUACCGGGUCGGCCGCGCUGGCUGCUGCCGCCGCGGCGGCGGCUGCGGACGCCGGUGGCGCGCCUCUGAAUGUCGAAGGACAGGUCCGGGCCCUGCUCGCGGAGGCUCAGGACCCGCACCGGCUGUCCAGGAUGUACGUGGGGUGGUCGGCGUGGUUGUCAGAUUCCGCCUGCACCGCUUGGUGUGGUGGUUAG